CUGCGGCAGCCUAGGCGUGCGCCUAUCGUGCAGCUUGAGGUUCAGCAGUCCUGAUGCGUACUUUGACCACUGCUGCAUCUUUUGCGCCUGUUACCCUGGACACCCCUCCGUCGAUCGCUGAUAGCCAGAACACUCUUUUCUCUACACUCGUUUUGUUUCGUCUUCAGUAUUCAUAUCCAUCUUGUCUUUCCAACCCACGUCCCUCGCUACCUCGUAUUCACAUUCUUCGUUGCAUCUCUACAGUCGUUUUCCGGUUCGUGUUAAUCGCGCGGCCUGGUAGGGCUCCCUACCCUCCCACUCGUUCAUCAUCGGUCCUUGACCCGUCUGUCGUCUUAGCAUUGCCGUCUCGUCAUCAUGGCCUCUACCCCGGCCGGCACAGUCCAUUCAGCGACAUCCUCACGGAGACCGUCGUUUUCGGAGCAUCGCACAAGUGGUUCUGGGAGAUUGUCAUACGAUCCCCGCCGUCUAACAGUGAAGAUCGACGAAGAUACGCGGUAUCGAGCUGUAGGUAACCCAUACUCUUGUCGACUUCGAACCCGCUAAUGUUGUGGUAGAUCAUAAAACAUCUACACGCGAAAGCAUGUUCGAUGCACUGGAUGAUACCGGGCCCUGUGCCCCCAGGUCUCUGCGCAGGCGUCCU